AUGGCUUAUAGAGCCAAGAGGGCUGCUCUUUUGGAAGUAGAAGAAUCCAUAAUUCAACAAUAUGCAAGGCUGAGAGAUUAUGGAAGAGAUCUUCAGAGGGUUGAUCCUGCCACUACAAUUGAUAUUAAGUGUGCUUUCCCCAAUACCAGCAACCUUCCAGAUAUGGAGGAUAUGAAGGCCUUUGACCUUGAUGCAUACAAGUGGCUUACAGCAAAAGAGAGGCCUGCAAGACAUUGGUGCAGAGCAUAUUUCAACACAAAUGGGGACUGUGACAUAAUGAUAAACAAUCUUUGUGAGAGUUUUAAUAGUUGGAUAUUGGAGGCCAGAGGCAAGCCACCAGUUACCAUGUUUGAAGAGUUGAGGGUGAAGUUAAUGAAGAGAGUUGCAAUGAGGAAGGAAAAAAUGGAGGCUUACCAUGGCAAUAUCUGUCCAAAGCCAAGGGUGGUUAUGGAGAAGAAUAAGCUGAAGGCUGCAACAGACUGCAUAGCAACAUUUAAUGGUGGUGACAUUGCUGAGGUAGACAAUAUUGAGGGAUUGAAGAAUGUGGUCAAGUUAAGAAUGAGGACAUGCACUUGCAGGUGGUGGGACUUGUCCGGAAUACCUUGCAAGCAUGUUGUCUUUGCCAUUUACUUAAAGAGGCAUGAUCCAUAUGAUUAUGUGGUAGCAUGUUAUUUGAAGAAGACCUAUAUGAGUAUCUACAACAACCUCAUCCAACCUGUAAAUAGCAUGGAUUUAUGGUCAAUAACUGAAGGUCCUCCUAUUUUGCCUCCACAAUAUUCAAGGCAGCCUGGUAGGACCAAAACAAUAAGAAUGAAGGAUGCUUCAGAAAAGUCCAAGCAAGGAAAAAAACCACCCAUGACCAAGAAUGAGUUGAGGCAGAAAGCCAAAGAAAGAGCUGAGUUUCAAAGGAAAAAGAAGGCUGCCUUAAAGGCAUCAAGGUUGGAAGCAAAGAAGUCUGCCCCAAAGAGAUCAAGGCCUGUAGCAUCUACCCAGCAAAGUUCAAGGCCUAUACAAGCUGGAUCUUCCCCAACAAGUUCAAGGUCUGUACAAGGUUCCAAUGCAUCAACUAAGAAGGCUGCAACACCCUCAAGGUCCUCUCAAAGGGUUAGAUAG